AUGGCUAAUUCUCUUGUUGGCGUUAGUACAAUCACUCUAGUCACUGAUUUUUGCUGCGGUCGAUACAAUAAACGCUCUAAAACUGGUAACAUGAAAGCGACUGUUUUACCAGUUCCUGUUGCAGAACAUGCACACAGAUCACGCCCUGCAAGUGCAAGGGGUAUGCAUGUACUUUGUAUUCGAGUAGGUUCAGCAAAACCGCAUGCUGUUAUGGCCUAA